AUGUAUUUUAUUUUAAUAGCAUUCAUCUUAUUCUUUACUUUUGUCGUGCCUGAGAUAAAUCAUAAUUCAGAAUCACAACAAAUCAUACAAAAUAAAAUAAGUGCCAAUAGAGCUUCAAAUGAAUCUUUAUUAUGGGGAACUUAUCGACCUAAUUUGUAUUUCGGCACGAGACCUAGAUUACCUGAAAGUUUGCUAACCGGUUUAAUGUGGUUUGGGGUUAAUGACCUAGAUAGUUUUCAAAACAUAAGGCAUUCAUGUGAACAGUCAGACAAUUUAGAAGAAUAUAGUUAUAAGAAACAUGAUGGUCGAAGUUUUGCAAUUCAAACUAUCACUGACGCAAAAAAUAAUGUUAUAUUGAAGACUGAAUUCUUGAAAGUAUCGAGUGGUGGACAUGGGGGUGAUUGGGCUGUUCGAAUAUCUGGAAAACCUAUUUCGGAAGGCAAUUAUUCAGGACUAUCACUUCUGUAUUAUUUUGGAUUAGAAGGAGAUGGGACUAUAGAUUUAGAAAAUAGAUUAGAUCAAUCGGGGUUAGACAAUCCUGUUGAGCUUAGUGGUGAAACACCUGAUCUGGGACAAUUCGCUAUUAAGAUAGUUGAUGGCCCAGAUAAUAGAAUUCCAAAAAUUACUGCAAUAAAAAUGCAGACGUAUCCUGACUUACGAAAAACGCAAUACUGGGGGCAUUUAAUUCCUGAUGGUGAUAUAUGGCGUGCGAAAAUUUAUUUAAAAGCGCUUUAUUCCAAAAAAUUUGAAUCUAUGCAAGAACAACUUAGUGCUGGAGAUAUUCCUUCUCCGCCUUUCUUAUUUAAUUUACCUAAUCAAGUGAAUGAAAAUUCCAAUUUUUAUAUUUUUCAAAAGAUGGUUGAAGCUCCUUUCCAGUUUGAUAUUUUUUUUGAAUCAGGUUCAUCUCCGGUACAUCUUGAAGGAUCUGAUUUUACUUCAAAUCUUCAAUCCAGUUCAAAGGAUUUUGACACAAAAUUUGAGAAUAUCUUUGGUCUAGCUUCAAAGGGAUUUGAUAAUGAUCAUAUUUAUUUUGCACAAGCUAUGUUGAGUAAUUUGAUUGGUGGAAUAGGGUAUUUCUAUGGAUCAAGUAUAGUCGAUAGAUCUUACACUGAUGUGGAUGAAAAUGGGGAAUAUUUUUGGGAUAAGAGUAGGCAAGCUGAUCCUCAAUUAACACCACCGUCAGCCUUAUUUAGUGCCACACCAUCUCGUCCUUUUUUUCCUCGCGGAUUUUAUUGGGAUGAAGGGUUUCAUCAGCUUUUAAUUGGAAAUUGGGAUAAUGAUCUUAGUUUAGACAUAAUCAAACAUUGGGUAUCACUAAUUGAUAAUGAUGGGUGGGUUGCGCGUGAGCAAAUUUUGGGUGAAGAGGCUAGAAGUAAGGUUCCUCCUGAAUUUCAAACACAAUAUCCACAUUAUGCGAAUCCACCAACAUUAUUAAUAGCGAUUGAAGCUUUUCUUGAACGAUUGGAUAAUGCCACAAAAUCACAAUCACAACAGUUUGGCAUAGAUGCGGACACGGCUUUUAAUUUAUUACCACAUGAUAUUCUAACUACUACCACUGAUUCAUCAAUCUUACCAAUACGUCAUUUACGAGAUUUAAAUUUAGCAAAAAGUUUUUUAGCAGAGAUCUACCCAAAAUUAAGAUCAAAUUAUAAAUGGUUUAGGAGAACACAAUGGGGAGAAAUUAAAGAAUGGGGUAGAAAAGCUAGUAAUAGUAGAGAGGCUUACAGAUGGAGAGGUAGAACUCCUGGACAUACUUUAACUUCCGGUCUGGAUGAUUAUCCAAGACCAACACCGCCACAUCCUGCAGAAUUACAUAUUGACUUAAUGUGUUGGGUAGGAUUUAUGGCAAGAUCACUUAGAAAUAUUGCCGAGAGGUUAGAUGAGGAAGAUGAUGUUGAAGAUUUUGGCAAACAUUAUAAAGAUAUUAUUAAUAAUUUACAUGAUUUGCAUUGGAGUGAGAAGGAUCAAGCAUUUUGUGAUGUUUCAGUUGACGAAGAUAAUGAAUCAGUUCAUGUGUGUCAUAAAGGCUAUUUAUCAUUAUUCCCAAUGUUACAUGGAUUUUUACCAAAUGAUUCACCAAAGCUUGGUGCUAUUUUGGAAUUAAUGUAUAAUCCUGAGGAGCUAUGGUCACCGUCACUUUCAAUAUCUGAUAAAUACUUUAAUACAGAAGAAAAUUAUUGGAGAGGACCUAUCUGGAUAAAUAUUAAUUAUUUUGUUUUGUCAUCUUUGUAUAAAAAUUAUGCAGCAAAACCAGGGCCAUAUCAAGAAAAAGCAAAAAAAAUAUAUAAAGAGUUGAGAGAUAAUAUAAUUAAUAAUGUUUAUAAUGAGUUCAACAGGACUGGAUAUUCAUGGGAACAAUAUUCUGCUAUUAAUGGGGAGGGAUCAUCCAUUUAA